UGUUUACUAUACGUGUGUUUGCAUCCAAUGGUGAAAAAAAGUUCCAUUGCCAGUGUAAAUUGCAUUUAUUCGUUGUAAUUUAUGUUCUAUUUAGUUGAAUUAAUCCACAUAACUAUGAAACUUGUCUUUCUAUAACGGUUAUUGCACGGUAACAGUGAAAAAUUUGCAAUAUAUGUGACCUGAAUAUUUUCUUUUUGCGUGAUAAAUUCGCUGUCACUUUUUUGCUGGUCGACAUCCCGCAGUCGACAGAAAAAGAAGCCGUCAAAACCGUGGGGGUUCAUUUGUUGACAAACUUUCGUCGUUUUUGUGUGGUGGAACGUCUGGAGUGGGGCCAAAGUUUUUCUUUUCCUCCUCUCGUAUGCAGUCAGCCAGUCAGUGGUAGAAAAUAAUCCAGUUCUUGCUGUGCUCCUCUGUGUUCGUGUGUGCGUGUUUACCUACUGAAAGUGAAUGAUCUAAGCUUGUGAAGAAAAUAGCAAAAAAUAAGUUUAAUAAUUGAUGCAUCAAAACUUUCUGCAAAAAUGUACUUCUGAGCUGACUUCCAAGGUCUGAAGGAAGGGCAAUUAAGAAUAGCUGAGGAAGCUACUCUGCCAGUAACCAGAGUUGGGUAAAUUCUAUCUCCUGUGCUCUAGCUAGAGAGCGUUCAUUUGCAGCUGCCUGCAAAAAGUGUGUCGAUAUGGCAGACAAAAGUUCGGUUGGAGACAAAAGUCCGGAGAAGGAGGCUACCAGCCCAACCGGAAGCAUGUCUGGAUCGGGUGGUGGCAGCUGGUGGGGUUCCUGGUUGGACACGGCUAAAUCCAAGUCGGCCUCCGUGUUGGAAGCGGUCAAAAAUGAUCUGACCGAACUGACGACGGUUGUGAAAACGGAAGCCACAAGCGCCACAGAGGCACUAGGAAGGAGUUUGAGUCUAAACGAGCCAGAUUCCACUGUCGGGGCGAUGAAAAAGAGCUUUAGCUCAUUCCUGGGACAGGUCACGGAAGCUUUGGUUCCAACCCUUGAUGAAGAGGAGGAAGGAGAAGACGUUCUGAUAACGCACGAAGGAACGGAUGAAUUGAAUGGUUUCUAUAAGCACCUUGCGGAACUGCAGUCGAUGGAGGGUACGUAUUUGGAAGAACCCUCGGAUGAACUGAGCGAAAAAUAUAAGCGCUGGAUGGAGGUGGUGGAGCAGGAACAGUUUACAGAGCCACGGUUGGCACGACAUCUAGCUAGUAGCACAAUACUAAACGAACAGUAUACGGCCCUGGUGCCUAGCAAGGUCGCUCAUAUGGACUUUUGGAAGAGGUACUUGUUCAAAAAGGCUUUACUGGAAGAUGCCAUUGCCAAUGCCGAAAUGGCCGACAAGAAAGCAAAGGCAGCGGUUGUUUCCAGCGAAACUGUUGCGCCCAAUAUAGUGAUCGUCCAAACUGAUCAGCCCAAGCGGGCAAUCGAAGAAGAAUUGAUUACGGAUGACAUCACUUGGGCUGAAGUUCCGGAGUUCGAUGCUUCAAAUUUGGAGCUAUCGGAAGAGGAACAAGCUCGUCUUCUCGAAGAAUAUGAACAGGAAAUCAAGGAACGCGAGAAGGCUAUUGGCAGUGGCCGCAUGGACCCCGUAGACGAAGCGCUACUCAUUCAAUCAGACAUCGAAAAAACUCCCCAAAAGAAGCCAGCAUCAACUGCUAGCAGCAGCAGCAGCAGCAGCAAUAAAUCAAUAGCAGCAAAGAAAACCCAAUCUCAACCACAAAGUGCUAAUAGUAGAAACACGAACCAAAAAUCGCAACAGCAGAAAGGUACAAAUGUAAAGCCUACCGGAAAAGCUGGUGCCAGCGGAAAUAGUAAGCAAAAAACUCCAGCAAAACAGGAAAAGAAACCGAACGAACUGAAGAUUGAGAAGAACCACUUCACCAAGGACGAUGUUUCCUCUUCGAAUUCGGAUGAAAGCUGGGAAAAGGAGUUUGACCUGGAGGAAUGAGCUGCUCUACUUGCUACAAUUAUCUUCUACCUAUCUGUCUAACAUAUUUCGCCCCGGUAAGUAGCGAACACAAACUAUUUCGUAAUGUACCUAGAACAACUAGACGUUUCAUUUCGAUGAGCAUUGGGAAAAUACUAUUGGAAGCAUUUGAUAUCUUCACAGUGAUCGAGAAGGACAAGAUAGAACGUUUUUACAAAUGAUUUUUGUAAAUUUUAAAACAAUGCUGCAUGUCUUAAAUCCAAUUUAAGCUGUUAAUUAUUAUUACUAUUAGUAGAAUCAAGUGUAAUAAAACUAUUCGUCAUUUUUAUUUUAUUUUAUACAUUCUACACAUUCUGUUCAUAUAUCUAUACUUUACCCCAUUCAAUAAAGAAGAAUGAAAAAAGCAUAGUGCGUCCAAUUUGUGUCCCGCAAAACAUUGUUAGUUUGCUGCAACAACACACUGAUAUAAAGAAAUUUACAAUUUACGAUAGAAGGCCACGAAGACAGGAUGAUCUGGUUUGGUCUUUGCAGGAAUGUUUUUCGUCUGAGAUAUAAUUGUAGGUCGAUUUUAGUGCAUAGACUGUGUAAUAAGUGAUGUGUUUUUUUUUGUUUUCGCGUAGGGAAGGCAAAUUAAGAGAAUUUUGAUGAUA